CGCCAUCUUACCUUUCCGUUUCAUCUUCUUUCUAUUUCCCUCUUCAUCUUCUCUCUCUCUCUCUCUCUCUUCCUCUCUACCUCCCACUCUAUCUUUCCCUCUCAUCCUUCAUCCUAAUCAUACACCAUCAUCAUGCCUGCUGGAUCAGUUCUUGUCACCGGUGGAACGGGCUACAUUGGCUCUUUCACCACCCUCGCUCUCCUCGAGGCUGGCUACAAGGUCGUCGUCGCUGACAACCUCUACAACUCCUCCGCUGAGGCUCUCAAGCGCAUUGAGUUGAUCAGCGGCAAGAAGGCCGAGUUCGCUCAGCUCGAUGUCACCGACGAGGCUGGCUUCGACCGUGUCUUUGAGGCCCAUCCCGACAUUGACAGCGUCAUCCACUUUGCUGCUCUGAAGGCCGUCGGUGAGUCCGGUGAGAAGCCUCUGGACUACUACCACGUCAACGUCUACGGCACCAUCUGCCUCCUGCGCUCCAUGGUCCGCCACAAUGUCACCAACAUCGUCUUCUCCUCUUCCGCCACCGUCUACGGUGAUGCCACUCGCUUCCCCAACAUGAUCCCCAUCCCCGAGGAGUGCCCUCUGGGUCCCACCAACCCCUACGGUAACACCAAGUUCGCCGUCGAGACUGCCAUCACCGAUGUCAUCAACGCUCAGCGCAACAACGCCAUCAAGGCCGGUAACGAGGCCGAGGCCCAGAAGUGGAACGGUGCUCUGCUCCGCUACUUCAACCCCGCCGGUGCUCACCCCUCUGGUAUCAUGGGUGAGGACCCCCAGGGUGUCCCCUACAACCUGCUUCCCCUUCUUGCCCAGGUGGCCACUGGCAAGCGCGAGAAGCUCCUCGUGUUCGGAGAUGACUACGCCUCCCACGACGGUACCGCCAUCCGCGACUACAUCCACAUCCUCGACCUGGCUGAUGGUCACUUGAAGGCCCUGAACUACCUCCGCGCCAACAACCCCGGAGUCCGUGCCUGGAACUUGGGUACCGGCAAGGGCAGCACUGUCUACGAGAUGAUCCGUGCCUUCUCGGCGGCCGUGGGCCGUGACCUCCCCUACGAGGUUGCUCCCCGCCGUGCCGGUGACGUGCUCAACCUGACCUCCAACCCCACGCGCGCCAACAACGAGCUGGGCUGGAAGGCCGAGCGCACCCUCGAGCAGGCCUGCGAGGACCUCUGGCUGUGGACCCGCAACAACCCCCAGGGUUACCGCCAACAGCCCCCGGCUGAGCUGCUGGAGAAGCUGCAGAAAUAAAUAAUGACCCCGCAUAUGCUUAGAAUUUCUUCUUUUUCUUGCCAGGAAAAUCGGAUAGAGACACGAUUGGACUUGCUAAUUGGAUGACGAAUUUCCUUUUUCCUUGUUGUAUCUAGAGAGCAGAGCUUGAUGUGAUGUUGAUGUAACUGUGAUUUCGCCAUGCAAUAUGCAGCGAUAGGAUAGACCUGGAUCACGUAACUCUAUCAAUACAGACAAUGUGAUAAUGUACAC